AUGCCUCCCAAGCGGCGUGGAGCCGCCAGCUCCGCACCGGCGCCAAAACGUGGGCGCGCAUCAAAGCUAGCAAAAGAGAACAACAUUACCGCCGAAGAAGAAAACGAGAUCAAGGAGGUCUUCCACAUGUUCUCCCACCAAAAUGAAGAAUUUCCAGACGAGAAGGAAGGCGUUCUUCCCCGAGAAGAUGUGCGCAAGGCACUGGUAGCCCUCGGUCUUCCACCCACAGACUCAAGCGAACUCGCCGAAAUCAUUUCCGCCCUCGAUCCUACGACCUCUGGCUUCGUGCCGUAUAGUCCCUUCGUCUCAAUAGCAGCCGCUAAGCUACAUUCGCGGGGUGAGGAUGCUAUCUCUGCCGAGGUGGAUGAUGCCUAUCAACUCUUUACGCGUGGUACAAACGGACCCAUCACGUUGUCGCAUCUCCGUCGUAUUGCGCGCGAUUUGAAGGAAGAUGGCGUGGGUGAUGAUCUGCUCAAGGACAUGAUCUUAGAGGGCAAUGGCGGUGCUGGGUUGAGCGCUGGGGUCACGUUAGAGCAGUUUCAUGAUGUCAUGACCAGGGCAGGUGUGUUUUGA